GCUUCGCGUGAGCUUCAAAGGAGGAAGUACUAUGAAUUCAAUACCCAAAAUUCUUCUUCUCUUGCUAGCUCUCUGCAUUUGCAGUGCAGAAUCUGCAGAUCCUUUGGGGCAGUAUUGCAAUAGCGAUACUAACAUUAAAAGUGGUAGCAAAAUAUCAGCAAAUAUUGAUCGCUUAUUAUCUGCAUUGAUUUCCAAAACCUCCUCCAAUGGCUUUACUUCUACUUCUUAUGGUGAAGGGAAAGACCAAGUUUUUGGGCUGGCUCAAUGUAGAGGGGAUGUCGGCAGCACAGACUGCACAAGUUGUAUUCAAGAUGCAGCAAAGCAAAUCCGCCAACUCUGUCCAAACGAAGCCGAUGCAAGAAUCUGGUACGACUUUUGCUUUUUACGUUACAACAACAAGAGCUUCAUUGGGGAACUAGAUACAUCUUUUGGUAUAUUCUAUUGGAAUGUAGCAAAUGUGACAGAUCCUGAGACUUUCAACAAAGACCUAGGAGCCCUCAUGGAUGAAGUCAGAAAAGAAGCUGUUGAGCCUAAGAAUGAAGGGCUUGGGAAAGGUGACACCAAAGUGUCACCAUUUGUGACAGUUUAUGCCUUGGUUCAAUGCACAAGGGACCUAGCUCCCCUAGAUUGUGCCCAGUGUUUGGCCAUUGCUGUGGGAAAUUUUGAUACCUUUUGCAGCAACCGCAAGGGAUGCAGAGUUCUAUAUAGCAGUUGUUAUGUCCGGUAUGAGAUCUACCCUUUUUUCUUUCCACUGAAUUCAAACAACGACAACAAGGCUGAUACUCUAAUGGCCAUAGUUUAUCCAUAACUUCUUUUCCAAGCUCAGCUGGGAGGGCAAAGAACACAGCUUCAAAUGAAGAUCUCUGUUACUCUUGGUGUGUGUGAGAAUAAAUGUCAAGUGCUUGAUUUCUGGUCUUACUGGCCUUGCUUGUUGUUCAUUGUUCUAUUUCUUGCUUUAUUUUAUUAGCUGCAGUUGUAUUGUCAUUUUAUCAUA